GCUUGACUUCAGCAAAGCAUUCGACACUGUAGCCCAUGAGAGAUUACUUCAUAAAAUAGAACACUACGGGAUUAGAGAUAACACCUUGACAUGGAUCAGAACAUGGUUAACCAUGGAGGAAGGAAUUAACAGGAGUUUGAACGACCAUAGGAUCAAAGGUUCAGGGUUCGUUGCCGCGGUCGUAAAAACAGCAGCAGUCCAGAUCGGAUAAACACCCGCGAGCGCUAUCAGUAAAUCAAUUAGCGGCCGCGACCGCAGCCCGGACACUCGCCGCAAAGCAUUAUGGGAUUGCCACGCAUGCGUACUGCGCCCGCGCCAUGUUGUAAAAUGGCGGCGCACGGUAAGGACGAUUUUGUUACAGGCUCCGAUUUGAGCGAUUUGAGCGACGUUUCUGACGAAGAAUUCGAUGAAAAUGAGGUGGCAGAACUCGACUACGAGUCCGAAGAUGACGGUCGGCAGUAUUGUGUGUGUGGGGAGCCUUCAACCAUGGAGAUGAUCGCGUGCGAUGAUGAUCAGUGUACCGUUGUGUGGUGGCACUAUAGCUGCGCCGGUGUUUGUGCCGAUACAAUCCCAGACACCUGGGUUUGUAGUCGAUGCCUCCCUGGAACGACUGAAGAAAUAGAUUCAUCUCCUGGUCCUGAUCCUACAGUUUCAAGACCACCUCGUUCUCAGAAAACCAGACAGAAACCAAAGAAGACAUCUGAGACUACAGAUGCAGUGACCACAGACGCACUGCCAUCAGCAAAAAAAGACAAAAAAGCUUGA